CUGCAGGUGUGGUGGGACCAAUAGCAAAAGAUGUGGACAGUCUGGUCUUGUGCAUGAGAGCACUUUUGUGUGAAGACAUGUUCUGCUUGGACCCCACGGUGCCACCCAUCGCCUUCAACAUGGAGGUGUUUAGCAGCCCCACUCCCCUUCGGAUUGGCUUCUAUUCCCUGGAUGGAUACUUCUUGCUUCCACCCUGUGUGACUCGGGCUGUCUAUGAGACCCGUCUGCUGCUCGAGGAGGCUGGACACACGAUGAUCCCCUUCGUUCCUCCCAGUGUUGACUAUGCAAUGAACAGCUUGUUUGUGAAAGGGCUCUUUGCUGACAGCAACUAUGCUUCUGCAUGCUUGUGCAAACUGGACUCUCUGGAUCCAGGCUGUAGCCACUUCAUCCGCUGUGAUGGGCUCCCAACUCUGCUAAGAAAGAUCCUGGCUUGUCUCAUAAAGCCCUUGUUCCCUAGUUUUGCCAGCUACUUGGACCUGCCAUGUGGAGCACGCCAUGGGAAGCAAAAGAUUUCCCAGAAGUCAGCGUAUGUCUUUGUCAGCAUCAAAGAUUUUGUCCUCAAAGAGAAGCAGCAAGACACUUUUAGAGAAGUGGGAAUUAUUGGUGACAGGUCCAAACAGGUUUAUCGCUGGGAAUUCAUCACCCGAUGGAAGAACCUUGACCUGGAUGUUGUACUGUGCCCUGUGCUUGGACCAGCCUUCAGCUUGGACUAUGUGGAGACAAAUCUUGAUGCUCUGUCCUCCACUAUGUUGUACAACAUCCUCAACUUCCCCGUGGGAGUCGUGCCUGUCACCGUGGUCACAGAGGCAGAUGAAGAACAGCUGCAGCUUUACAGUGGAUACUUGGAUGAACCCUGGGACAGGGGACUGAGGAAGGCAGUGGAAGGAGCUGUAGGGCUGCCUGUGGCUGUCCAGUGUGUGGCUUUACCAUGGCAGGAGGAGCUGUGCCUUCGGUUCAUGAAAGAGGUUGAAAGACUGACCUAUGAGAAGAAAGAGAGAACUCAUGAUUCAGGGGCUAGCACAGUCCAGAGACAUGAACUGAAUGAGGUCUCCCUGGGAGAAGCCUCUGUGGCUUGGCAGCCCCUAAAGGCAAGUAGCACAUUGCCAGAGGUGUCCAGCACAAUCAGCAAGGCAGAGGAGAGCCCAACAGAGGAAAGAACAGCCUUGCAAACCACCAUCGCCGAGAACCAGGGCGAUGACGUGCAAACAGCUGUUCUCCAAGCAGACAUUCAGAGUGAUGGGCAAACGUCAUCACCCCAGCCUCUCGUGUCAACAUCAGAGAAGCAGAGUGCUGUAAAAACAUCAUCUCAACCUGAUGUGACAACACUGGUGUCCUGGUCAGAUGAGGAGAAUGAAGGGCCAAUCCUGAUUCGCCCACCUGGCAAAAGAGAGAGCCUGCAGUCUCGUGAGGCAGAGCCUGCUGUGCAAACACAGACAUCCCAGCGGGACGAAGAGAGGGACCCACAGACUGGUGAGUCAGAGCUUGAUAUGCAGACACAGGUACCCCCGAGGGAUGAAGAGAGGGACCCACAGCCACCAUGGUGA